UUAAUGGUCGCUCUUCAUCAGGCUGUGGAUGCUCUUGGUAGCUCUGUGUAACGGUUACAGCCAUUUGGGUAUCACGCUUUGUAUUUUCUGAGGAGAGAGGGGAGCCACUGACCGCCAACAUGUCGAGCAAAAGGGCCAAGGGAAAGAACACCAAGAAGCGUCCUCAGCGGGCCACGUCCAACGUGUUCGCCAUGUUUGACCAGUCUCAAAUCCAGGAGUUCAAGGAGGCCUUCAACAUGAUCGACCAAAACAGGGACGGUUUUAUUGACAAAGAGGACCUUCAUGACAUGCUGGCCUCGUUAGGUAAGAAUCCCACAGAUGACUACCUGGAGACGAUGAUGAAUGAAGCGCCGGGCCCGAUCAACUUCACCAUGUUUCUGACCAUGUUCGGAGAGAAGCUGAACGGCACAGAUCCUGAGGACGUGAUCCGCAACGCUUUUGCCUGCUUUGACGAGGAGGGCACAGGUAUAAUCCAGGAGGAGUACCUGCGGGAGCUGCUCACUACGAUGGGGGACCGGUUUUCGGAUGACGAAGUGGACGAGCUCUUCCGAGAGGCGCCCAUCGACAAGAAGGGCAACUUCAACUAUGUAGCAUUCACGCGCAUACUAAAGCACGGCGCAAAGGACAAAGAUGAUUAGUGGCAGAAGCGACUCUAAAUCAUUGUGGGUUUCCACUCAAGUUAGAACAGCUAUGUCCUGUCAUUGGGCUCAUGGCAGGCUUCACUGUGGUAUAGCUCACUGAAGUCCAUUUGUUUAAGCUGCUUGUGGGACCAUACUGUACCACUGGGACCCCCCCCCCCCCCCCAAAACAACUCCUCAACCCCUUCUCUCAAAGCUCAUUUGCACAUCUGUAUAAACACUAGGGUCUGUAUAAGCUAGUUAAGAUGUAUGAAAAGACCCACGUGGAUAAAGCUGGAAAUAAAAGGAAACAAGGAGGUUGUUGUCGUGACUGUUUGGUUUUUACUGAAUCAUUUGUUGGAAAUGAAGAGUUUCAUGAUUAAAGUGUGGUGUAAGCUGAAUAAUCAAUACUCUAUUCAUGUUUUCAGUGGCUUUAUUUUAAAACAAAGGAAAAUAGAUGUGAUGGUUGAAAGCAAAGACCAUUCCACAGUUCACACUAACGUCAAAGAUGCGUGGUACACUGGAUCAGUCCCUAGAUUAAAACAAAAGGUGCUGGCUUG